AUGUUCGUCUAUCGACUUUGCGAUCUUCCUGCAGACCCUGUCUUCCCUGCCGAUCUGGAGAAACUGGGAUACUUCGUCACUGAGAACGACCAGAUCCGAAUGAUCUCCAACCCAGAGGAAAACUUCCUGUACAAGAUCAACCGCAAUGAGCGCUGGAAUGAGCUCCAAAAAGAAGCAAUGAACGAAUGCAUCCGCCGCAUUGUCCUAGACCGUCUGCACAAACUCGGCCUGGAGACCUGGCGCCUGCCUCUCUCUGCGAGUCCUCAGGAAGCGCACGUCCCCAUCCUGGUCUCGAACAACCUGCCCACUGCAUCUCGUAUCGUCGUCAUUUUCGGCGAGCCGAGCCAGGACCUGGGUAUCUGGGCAUAUCGUACCGUCGGCGUCGACUCGAUCCACGCCGGUUCCGCCGUUGGGCUUGCGCGUGCUGCACUUAACAAAGAUACUGCUCUCGUCCUGGCUAACACGGGCCAGUUGAUCUGGCACUGCAGCUCCGGCCGAGCCGUCACGCAGCCGACCUGGCUGUCACUACCCCGGUCUUCGGCUUGUGCGGGUCAGCCGACUAUGAGCUACCGCAACAAGAUUCCCGGCAACACCGACUGGCCCGAACAUGUAAGCUACGUCUUCGACAACGUGCUGGCUCCGCGUGUCUGGUGCAACGGGACGGCGCCACGCAUUGACGUGAUUGGCGUGUCGGAGGGCGGACUGGCUGCGUUCCAGUACUUGAAAGCGAACUGGGUGAAAUGGCGUACACCCAUCUCCGCCAUGAGUCUCACCGAACCACUGCAUAGCUCCUACGACCUGGAAGAAGACGACCUGACUAACCCAACCUCGUUUGCGGCGUUUGUGUCCUCGCGCUGCCGCGGCUACGUGUUGUCUGACAAGCCUGUCGGAGACCGGGUUGCGGGCUAUCGUGAACACGGUUGCAACUGCUAUUCGUCGGGCGAGGCUCUGAACGUCGAGUGCAUCAUGCCCGUGGCCUGGCGGCAUAUGCUGGACUGGCUCGAUCUGACCCAUGCGAAUCGAAACUAUGCGGAGCAGGUGAUGAUCCUGGCGAGUGAUAUUAAUGAUGCUACACGCGAGAGGCUGGAGGAGUUGGAUGCGCUGGAAGAAGAGGUCGACCAUGUCCUCGAGGCGGAGGUCCUGUUGGAGGAGAGGAAUGUUGAGCUGGGGGCCCCGGUGCUGGGCCUGGAUGAGAUGGAGGCGCUGGAUCUGGAUGCGUAG